AUGAGUCAGUCUCAGGCUGCAGGAAAUUCGCAUGCGCCUUCCGCUUCAGGAGAAUCCAGCUUCCUGCAGCAGUGGAAUGCGCUGCCUCCCGACCAGCGCGUUGUGCACCUUUAUGCAGUGUCGCGUGAUGGCACAACUGCCGCUCUACCUUUCGUCCCUUCGGGGGACUGGGGCGCCGAUUCCGCGACUCCCGCUUCUGCCGAGGCCGACCGUACUUCGUCUCCUUUAGAGGACAAACUUACCCUGUCUCAGCGUUGUGCUGUUUUGUUCAUUAAUCUGGUCGUAAUCUACGUACUGCGGGAUUUGUUUCGACUCUACAGGCGCCGCAAGAGAGAACAACAGUCAAGCGUGAUCGAGAUGCGAAAUCAGAGGGUACGCAAAUCUCUCAUGGGCCGUGCCUCCGAUGUUAAACGACAGCUGAAACGUAUCGCGGCUGAGCUCUCCGAGCUUGAAGCCACGGAAAGCGAAAUGGAAGCACGACUCUCGCAGCCCUCUGGUACCGAUACCCGCGAAGGAGGGAACGACCCGUUCGCGAAUGGUGAAGACAAGUCAGAGCACGAGGUGGUGGCCAAAAGUGAUGAUUCGAGCUCUGCCUCCCAGAAAGCUGAGCCGCUGGCUGAGGAAGACGAGGCGACGGACCUCGGUCGAAAACGUCUGAUCCGUGAAACUGAGGAUGCAUUGAAGACGCUUCGACACAUACGAGGAGAGCUUUAUGGAGCCCAUGGCGACGCACUUGUGUUGUACAUCGAGGCCUUGUUCCGCAAAGCACAGAAGCUGUUGAGGCGGGCUCGGGGCGAGUCACGGAGAUUCCGCGUACCGGGAAGGCGGGACCCAGACAGCGAUGCGGGAGACGAUCGAGAAAGCAGCGGCGAUGGCAGCAUGGAUUCUGUCUCUCUUGAUCCGCUGCCGAACGUAAGACCGGAUGACUGGGCCUACCGGCAAGAACACGAUGAGUGGGACGGAGGAUACACCGGAGUGGGUGUCAUGCGCGCGGGGGGUGGCCUUCACGCGUUUCAUAACGAGGAUCCAGGAGAGUAUCACGAUGCAGGUACUCCGUACGCUGCGCGUGAAUAUGGACAGCAACGGACUGCAACAAAACAACUGGAGCUCACAAAACUUCGCUCAAUGAAACGGGUGUUGGAACAAAAGGGAAAUGCCCAACUGGAUGUGGAGCCGCUCGUCCGUCCCAAGCGACGCAGGACCAGCGAGAAAGCUAGGCGUUUAUUUGACCUCAUGAAGGAGAAUCCUGGUCUGAUGCCUGGAAAGCUCUUGAAACUCGCCAAUAAAUCAGACUCGGAAGACGAGUCAACGUCAAGGACAUCCUGA